GGGGAAAGGGGCUGCAGUGGCGGCGGCGGCGAAAGUGCGCCUGAGGGGCCUCCGGUUGCGAGGCGCCGCAGCGCUCCAGCGCAAGAGGGUAAGGGCGCGUCGCGGCGGCGAGGGGGCUGAGGCGCGAGAGCGGCGUCGGCUGAGCCCCUCGCUUCUCUCUGAGCUCGGGAGUCCCGCCGCGCCUUCCUCUCUCUUGCCGGCCAUGGAGAGCAGAGAGGAUGCCGAGGGCGCCGGCAGCGGCGGCGGCGAGGGCGCCUUUGCCGAAGCUCGCCGCUGGGUGGAGGCAGCUACUGGGAAAAGUUUUGGAAAGAACGACUUCCGUGCUGCUUUGGAAAAUGGAGUCCUCCUGUGUGAUCUAAUUAACAAGAUCAAACCUGGCAUCAUUAGAAAGAUUAAUCGUCUGUCAACACCAAUAGCUGGUCUGGAUAAUAUAAAUGUGUUUUUGAAAGCUUGUGAAAAUCUUGGAUUAAAAGAAGCUCAGCUUUUUCAUCCUGGUGACCUUCAAGAUCUAUCUAAUCGAGUUACUGUCAAACCAGAGGAGACUAACAGAAGAGUGAAGAAUGUUUUGAUUACAUUAUAUUGGUUGGGCAGGAAAGCGCACAGCAACCCUUACUAUAAUGGCCCACAGCUAAAUUUAAAAGCCUUUGAGAAAUUACUAGGACAAGCCUUGACAAAGGCUCUUGGAGAAUCCAGCAGUCCCAAACGAAGUGGAAGGGAUAGCGGAUACGGAGAUAUUUGGUAUAUUGAACGCAGUGACUCACUUUCAUCAUCUAUCAGCCAUAAGAGAGACGAUUCCUUUGAUAGCUUGGACUCCUUUGGCUCAAGAUCUUCUGCAAGCUUUUCAUCAGACGUAACUUUGAAAGGUGGCAGUGAAGAUUGUGAAAGUGACACAGAUUCUGAAACACGCGCAAGAAUGCAUGAUCCCAGUAAAGAUGACAUGUCGUACCGCAGAGUUUCUUUGAUUGAACCCAAGCCUGCUGCAGAGUUCAAUCGUUUCUUACCCAGCAAAGCUAAACCACCAACAUACAUGCCAGCGCCCUUGCGGAAGAGAAGAACAGAGAAGAAUGAGGAUAACAGAAGAAGCUGGGCAAGUCCUGUGUUUACGGAGCCGGAUGGAACAUUUUCAAGUAACCAGAGAAGAGCUUUGCAGCGAGAGAUGGAAUGCCAUACAUCAGCUAACGUUCUUUCAGGCUUCUCCAAAUAUUUGGAGGAGGAGGAUGAAGAAGAAAAGACAAUGGGCACUCCAGACAUUGAAACAGAUGACCUUUAUGUUCGCAAAAUAAAUGCUGCAGUGUCAAACCCAAAACUUGCCUCUCAUAAGUUUCUUCCCAAGUCUUGGAUUCCAGGGGAAGAACUGCAGUGGAAAAAAGCGAAAAGGAUAUCUUUUUCCAAGCAAUGGUAUAAGGAUAUUCAAGGAUUCAGUAAAAGUGCAGAUUCUGAAGAGGAUCUUGCAAGAGUCCAGGCAAGCAACAGCCUGAGUAACUUGGGUAACAGUUGCAGAGAAGACUCAAACGGCAUUAAACAGACUGCGGAACGUGCUGCAAAAUUAGUACUACAAGCUGCAGAAGAAAACGUUAACUGUUCCUCUGAUCUACCAAGUCAGUUUUUAUUUCUGCGGGCACUGCAAAAAUAUUCUGACGACUACCUGUCCUCUGAAACUAGAACCAAAAUUGAUCCUUCUUCAGGGCCUAGGCUCAUAACAUGCAGGAAAAAAAAUUAUUUUAGGCCUGGAUGUGACCAAAGGGACAAUGAAAAUGGAGACAAUUAUCCAGAUUUGGAAAAUGAUGAUUUGUUUGUUCGUAAGACUGGUGCUUCCCAUGUGAAUCCGGUAAUCCUCCAAGGUUUUCAGUAUCUUAAGCAAGGUCCUCAGAUAGAAGGAGAGAUCGUUCUGCAACCCAGAGACGAUGAAACUGUAAUUCCAGAUUUGGAAAAAGAUGAUUUGACAGUUCGCAAAGCUCAGUUUCAGAAGAAAGAAGUGCCCUUAUCAGGUGCCCCAGAUAGAUACUGGCCUGCUCUCUUUCCGGAUCCUUGGAGUCUUCCACCAGAAAUCCAGGCCAAAUUUCUUUGUUUGCUUGAGAAGACAAACAAAGAUGAGAGACAAAGUGGUGGAAAGAUUUUAUCUCCUUCUUCACGGCAAAAGAAGGAUGAUAUGUUGACCCGCAAGAUGGAGCUGCUCAACGUAGGAGUCAAUGUGCAGCCCAUUAGUUUCUCUCCAGGAACAUGCAGCAAAGAAGACAUGGAAAAAUGGGAGGCAAUCAGAGAGGCCAGCAAAAUCAGGCACAAGAAAAGGCAAAUGGUUGAAAGGCUGUUUCAAAAGAUUACUGAUGAGCAUGGGAGCAAAUCCUUGAAUGAUGUCAGUGCAGAUGAGCUCCAAACGAUCCGUCAGUUGCGUUAUGAGGAGCUUCAGAGAAUAAGAUCUCAGCUACAAGAACAAGAUGAACAAUGGCAAGAUGAUUUGGCAAAAUGGAAAAGCCGUCGUAAAAGCCACACUUCUGACUUGCAAAAGAAAAAGGAGGAGAGAGAAGAAAUUGAGCGGAGAACUUCUGAGAGUUCCGAAAGACGCGGCAAAUCUCUGAGAGAAAUGCAGAGGGACAGGGAGGGCAGAGAUCAAGGGCUCUAUAGCAGCGCUGAGCAUCGAGCGGAAAACAGGCGAAUGUAUUUGUCAAACGACGAUGUGUUUAGUGGAGAGCAAAUUCCUUCAAGGCCUUCAAAAGAGCACCUUGUUGAAAACGAUGCUGCCGGCUCCUUGAAGAGUGAAGAAAACAGUCAAGAGAGCAAUAAAGGAACGGAGAGCUAUGCAAGAAUCGAAUCUCAAGCUCCACCUAAGAGUGUAGCAGAAGAAAAGCACCAGCCCCCUUUGUCAACAUAUCAUUCAGUAAAUGCACCAAUUGGGUCAGCUCGGGUUUCAGCUUCUCUCCCAAGAAGUUACCAGAAAACCGAUACGGCCAGACUAACGUCUGUGGUUACACCUAGGCCCUUUGGUGUCCAUUCGAGAGGAAUCUCAUCACUUCCUAGGUCAUUUACGAUGGAUGACGCCCCAAAAUAUAAUGGAGAAGUAGAUGUGUCCAAGAGAACUCAGUACGCAUUCACCAGCAAUUCACUUUCUAAGCCAGAAGCUGGACAAAGCCAAUCUAUAAGUGACCUAAGAAGUGCUGAGGACAAGACUUGGACAAGAUACUCAUCUGUUGAGGACAAGACAAAGACAAGACAAUCGCCUACAGAGAAUGCUGCCAUUGCAAGCGAAGGUGCAGAUGUUCAUCACUUGGGCCCUAAAUCAGAGCAUUAUACUACCCAUGACUCAGCUGCAGCUGGGUCUUCAGCAUCAGAACAAACAAGCCAUCCAGAGACUGAGGUUUCAAGAGCACAAGACCAGUACAGUGAUAUGAGAAUCAGUAUAAACCAGAGACCAGGUAGCAGUCGGAGUUUUGGGUUUGCAGUGCACCAGGAUCCUUCUGGAGUCUUCGUGAAGUCAAUAGAAGAAGGUAGCCCAGCAGACUUUUGCCAGUUGAAUGUUGAGGAUGAAAUCCUUACUCUCAAUGGCACAAAGGUUUCAGGUAUGGACCAGAGUCAGUGGGAAGCAGCCAUCGGCAGCUCACUAGAAACCGGAAACCUUGUCAUGGAUGUUAGGCGAUACGGCAAGAAGGACUGGGGCAAAGACCAGCCUUCCCUGCCAUAUGCAAGGCACAAAAUCCUCAAUCUCACCAGUAUGGCUACCAACAUUAUAGGUACACCUGAGAACAAAUGGAUUGAUGCGACAUCUGUGGACAGCACUUCAGCCAAAAGUCAAAGCAUAUCAGCACAAAAAGACUUGCACAACAAUUUUCAAAAUGAUGAUUCAGAAACAAAGAUCAAUGGAAUGCAAGGAGAUGUAAAUUCCAAUGAGAAAAAAGACACAGAACCCAUUUCUUUGAAAAACUUAAAAAGGCGAUCACAGUUUUUUGAACAAGGGUCAUCAGGUUUUUCUUACAAUUCAUGGGUCUACCUUUGUGGAGGCCCAGAGCCUGCCAUUCCUGAUCUCCCAGUUCCACCCAUCAGCGCUUCUAGCCGCUGGGCCUGGGAUCAAGAGGAAGAAAGAAAAAGACAAGAGAAAUGGCAAGCAGAACAGGAUCGCUUACUGCAGGAGAAAUACAGGCGCGAACAAGAGAGACUGAAGGAAGAAUGGCUGAAAGCUCAGAAAGAGGCUGAAAAGGAGAACUCCAAAUACUUAAAUGAGGAGGAGACUGUAUUAAAGUCAAAUACUGUGUCUGUAACUGCACAAGAACCUCCUGUUUCCACGUGGAGAGCAAAUGGAGAUCACAAGGCUGACUAUUCUGAUGCUGGUAGACGAUGGGAAGAAGAACGAGAACAGGAGAAGAAGGAAGAGGAAAGGAAACGUCUUGAGGAGGCCCAGAGGCUGGAAGAAGCAGCAACUGUGUUACAAAUAGAACAAGAGAGGAAGCGCCAAGAACUAGAACGUGAGAAGGAACGAAAUGUGUGCUAUGCAGAGGAGCCGAGGUAUCAGGAAGCAGCAGAACAGAAAUUGCAGGUUGAACAAGUCAAGGAAACUUCGAUACAGAGGCCCCAGUAUCAAAGGCAUUUUGAAACACCAAGAAAUUCUGAUGAACCAACAGGCUACUUCAGUACUAACAGAAGUAAAUCCAGAUCAACUCCAGAUCUAGAUGAUCAUCAUGCAAAUAGAAAUGGCAUGAAGAGCAAACUUUCCGAGCAGUCCUCAAAUGCUGGUGACUCACAGAAGAGAUCUCAGAAAGAGCAUGGCUUGUCCCCAGCUGAGCUGGAAAGACAGCAGAUCCUUCAGGAAAUGAGAAAGAAGACAUCCCUACACACCGACAACAGCUGGAUCAGACAACGCAGUUCCAGUAUGCACAAAGAGCCUGUUAGUCUUAUUGGCACUAGAAUGAGGAGAGGUGAGAGUUUGGAUAACCUUGAUUCUUCAAGAACAAAUUCCCGGAGGCCUCAUUCUUGGAUGGGCCAGUCUGGAUCUUCACUCUCUUUAUCAUCUAGUCAAGAUUUUAGUCACCAUGUGCCUCCUGUAGUCUCCACUUCAAAUCGUGCCUACAUGCGCAUACCCUCUUCCAGCCUGCCAUCUCCUUCGGCCAGUUCCAUGAAAACUUCAUCCUUGCCUCAUGUUCUUCCAUCUGCGCAAUCUCCUGUUCCCCGUUCUCAGUCACCAACUUCUGCUUCCCAGUCUGGAACUCAGCAACGCAGCAGGUCGGUCAGUGGAAAGCGAGUGUGCUCAUACUGUAGAAACGUUCUGGGCAAAGGAGCAGCCAUGAUCAUCGAAUCUCUUGGUCUUUGCUAUCAUUUACAUUGUUUUAAGUGCAAUGCUUGCGGGUGCGACCUUGGGGGCUCUCAGGCCGGAACGGAAGUCCGGAUCCGAAACAAUGAACUCUUCUGCAAUGACUGCUAUCUCAGAUUUAAGACUGGACAGCCAACCAUUAUGUGAUAGAAGCCUUAAUAUGAAACCACUGCUACAGAUAGAGGAGGAAGCUGCUGCUGUAGAUCUAUAAAUAUAUUUUGUGUGUGUGGUUUUUAAAAAAUAUUUUUGCCUGUCUAGCUCAUGUAGAAAAUUCAUGGUAUCUUUUAUUAUACUUAUAUGGAGCUAUUUAUGAGAAGGUAAUCACAAAUAAAUAAAACAGAGUGCUUUAAGUUCAAUGUAUAAUUCCAUCCUUAUAUAUAUCUACACACACAUACAAAAGGGAGAAAAGCAUUUAAUUGGGUAAUUUAAAAAUGUUGGAGACUUGCGAGGAAAUAGCUUUAAUUUUCCAAUCAUAUAUGAGGAGGCUUUUUAAUGUUCUUAAAUGAGCAUUACUGAAAUAACAAGUAUGUAUUCGUAACCGCAGUUUCUACAUCUGAUGUAUAUGCUAUCAAGUUCUGCAGGAUAUUAUGAAAUUGCGUUCAAAGACAUACAGGUGGCUGCUGUCUAUAUUUGAGUUACUAAGCUUAUGUAAUAUUAUCGUUUUUAAAACUAAAAUGUAAACUUCAGUCUGCUUUUGCCUGGGAUUCAAUAUUUCAUUGUGCUUUAAUAGUUAUAGCCAGUCGGGGAAAUUAUUUCUGAGGCGUUCUUUCUUUUCAUGUUUGAGAAAUGUAACUCUACUUGCACCUCAAACAAGUUAAUAAGACUGAGCAUUUCCCCCCUUCUGUUGACUUAUUUUGUAUUUGUAAAUAAAGUUGCUGAUACUGCACUUGAA